AUGGGAACAUAUACCGGCCUCGACGUGAACGACGCGGGCUCUCUUGCCUCUUUCGGCAUGAGAACCAUACUCUCUGGUUUCUACAACAUCCCCAAGUUCCCGCUUCUUGACGUCAAGGCCAUGGCCGACACAGGAGAGCUGGGGCCCGCCGGCCGACGCAAUUGCGCGCUCGAUGCACCCGGCUUUGAAGAAAAAGUCUAUGUUAAAUUCGACCAUUUCGGCAACAAUGUCCUGAAUAUCGGUAUCCAAAGCCUUGAAGGCUGUACAGUCGUCACCGUCGUUUCUCGGAGUGCAGUUUAUAUGGGUCACUUUUUUGAGAGCCUAGCGUUCGCUCCAGAGGGCAAAGCCCCAGACACCGCCUUCCAGCAGAAUUGCAUCAAUUUCAUCACAGGCCAAGGCCAGACUUGGAGGACAAGAGGAGACAGCUUGGAUCCAAGUCUAUUCAGUGGCCCUGCCGUCGCCUUUAUCAUGACUCCUCGCCAGGAUCAGGACGAUCCUACGGAGCAGAAUCCAAAUCCGCCUGUACCGGGUGCCGACACGCAGCUCUAUGGAGACAGGAUGAGGACCCUUUCCCAGACUCUCACGAAUUUGAUUCCAGGGAUCACAAUAGUCUACUACAACUAUAUCGCAAUCAACAUCGAGGAGUAUCAACAAGCCUACCAGGGCAAAGCGCUGUUUGGAUAUGAUUCGAACGCGGAUGGAGCAGGUAACCCUAACUUCAGGCUCUGGUAUGAGCAGACUUUUGAAACCGGGAUUAAUCUAGGGCUUCUGUGA